CACCUCACCUCCUGGGCCAGCACGCGAUUGGCCCGGAUUUCAACUCUGGGACUUGGGCGCCCGGGAGUGAAGAAGAAGGAGAAGGAGAAGAAGGGGCUGCGUGACGUGGGCGGCCGCUUUUUCUGCCCCCUCGCCCUCCUCUUCCCUCCCUCCCUCUUUCGGGGGGCUGGCGGGACUCUGCCGGGCGGCCCUGUUCGGCGGCGACACCCAAAGACCGGACUGGUCGGGGGAGCGUGGAAGAACCCGGCAGGGGCAGCGAGCGAGCUCUCCCCCUCUCUCUCGAGCUCACCUCAGUGGGGAGGUUCUGAGUCACAAUCUCUUUCCAUCUUCUCUGAGUUAAUGCAGAAACUCAAUGGAAAUGUUGGGCUUCAAGGACUAAGAACUUCCUUAACCCUAUUAAGCAAACAAGUGUGCCCAAUCUAAGGUCACUGUUUCCUCCUUCCCUUGUUGCCACCUUUUCAGGCAGCAGCACCAUGGAUAGAUGAUCUUGGCCUUGCCCCGCCAUGCUGCAGGUGCGUGGCCGCUACCUGCUGCUCUUCCUGGGAGUGCAGCUGGUGGUGAUGGCACUGCUGUACUGCGAGGGCUACCGGAAGCGUGUUGCCUAUUUCCUAGGCAUUUUCUACAAAGGGAGCACAUUGACAAUGCUGGCCAGCCUACACAAUGCCUCACUGGCAGGGGAUGUCUAUGCCAACCUCAGCCUGAUUGCCCACCCCCCAGUGCCCCCGGAGAAUCUUCCAUACUGUCCAGACAUCUCUCCUUUCCUUGGAGGCCCCAUUCGAGUGACCUUCCCCCCAGGCUUGUCCCUGGAAGAUAUUAGCCGAAAGAAUCCCUAUGUGAGCAAAGGGGGGCGUUACCGUCCCCCUGAUUGUGAUGCCCUCCACAAAACAGCUGUCAUCAUUCCUCACCGCAACCGGGAGCAGCACCUCAAGUACCUGCUGUACUACCUUCACCCUUUCCUGCAGCGGCAGCAACUCAGCUAUGGCAUCUAUAUCAUCCACCAGGCUGAGAACUACACUUUUAACCGAGCCAAACUCUUGAAUGUGGGCUUCAAGGAAGCUAUGAAAGAUGAGGACUGGGACUGUAUAUUCUUCCAUGAUGUGGACCUUAUCCCCGAGGAUGAUCGCAAUUUGUAUACCUGUGACCGAUUUCCUAAGCAUGUGGCAGUGGCCAUGGACAAGUUUAGCUACAAGCUUCCCUAUAAGACUUACUUUGGAGGUGUUUCAGCACUCAGUCCAGAGCAAUAUAUGAAGAUGAACGGCUUUCCUAACAAUUACUGGGGCUGGGGUGGUGAAGAUGACGACAUUGCAGUUCGGGUAGCACUGAGUGGAAUGGUUAUCUCUCGCCCAUCUAUUCAGUAUGGCCGCUAUCGUAUGAUCAAGCAUGGACACGACAAAGGAAAUGAACAGAAUCCGAAGAGAUUUAACUUGCUGGCUAAGACAAGGAGAACAUGGAAGCAGGAUGGCAUGAAUACACUGGAGUAUCUCCUGAUCUCCAAAGAGUUACAUCCCCUUUACACGAACAUCACUGUCUUCAUUGGCACUGAGAAGGGAAUGCGCCGUUCAACGUGAUGUACUUGUCACAGAGUGCCAUGGAGACAGGAAUCUCACCUUGUCACUGAUGCAGGACUGAGGAAACCAAAGAAUCCACAGCGGGAUAUACAGCCCCGAGCAGUGUGGCUGCCAUGUGCGGACUGUAGGGUCCAGCAAGGUGCUAGGUGUGUGUUCUGGAGACAGAGUAGAGACUCACCGCAAGAUUCCCUCCCACUUGCCCAGUUUUUAAUCUUGGGGUGUGGGUGGGUUCAGUUCUUUUGGGACUCAGCUAGUGGGAUGCCUUUCAUAUCUUGGUUGAAGAGGUGGCAAAGUAGCAUGACCAGAGGAGCAGGACUGUCCUUUGCAGUCUGAAUCUCCACAGCUGCUGUGCCAUGGUUUGUCUUUCUUAUUAAAGUGCAAUUUAUUUUAAAAAUCCUGGCUAAGUGGCGGUUUCUCUUCUUGCACCAGAGCUUAAGAGGAAGUUGUUGGAGGCCAGUUCUGGCUAAAGCUGCACUUUUUGCCAGUACAGAAGAGCCGGGACCUGCUUGGCUGAAAAGCGAGAGGCUGGGUGAGAGUCAACACUGACUGUGCAGUCUCUCUAUCACUGAUUGGCAAGUCAACACAGUAGCACCAGGAUGGUUUUGUCUCAGCAAGGAAAUAAAUCAUGAUGGGAGGAUAUUGUGGGCUUGUAUGCAUAUUGUUAGGAGUUUCUAGGAAGACAUGGUGGAAUGGCAGACUAUGUUCUGCUUCUUCCAUCUUGCAAGGGCAUUUGCUUUGAAGAGCCCCCUUUCCAUUCUGUUGUUGAAAUCUUGCUGCAAAAAAGGAUUCUGAUGAGAUUUUUGCCCUUGGAUAAAUUUUAAGAUUCUUUGCUUCUUGACCUGUGGGGGUUCAGCUGGUUAUCUGAGUAGGCCCAUGUAGCGAUCCUUUCCACAACAAUAUCUGUUUUCUCCAGGAACAGGUCCCUCAUUGCUGCUCUAACCAGGUUUCCAUGCAGCCCGAUUUCUGUAAUGCUGUGGGAUGUGCAACGAUCACAAAUGGUGAAGCAGGUGUAAUAGAUAUUUCAAGUUGAAAUUAUCUGAAAGCACUUGUAAAACAAAAAUAAGUGUAUAAACUCACAUGAUUUGUUUCUGCGUUUGGAAAUUAGCCCUGUCAUUCUUGGAAGCCAGAAGGGUCAACCAGUUAGCACUGAUCAGAAAAUAGGUGAAGAUAGCUGUCAUAAAGUCUUUUGCUGUUCAGUGGAUGCCCUGUCAGUCUUCACUAAACUUCCAAAUUCCUCCAACAACUAAAGGGAUCUGUUGUGCAACUGUUUGAUGCAGCUGUACUUUUUGUAAAUAGAAGUAUUUUAAACAUUCCUCAGAAAUGUGGAUAACGGGGGCAGAAAACAUAAUAUGAAGAAUUGUAUUGAAAUGUUUGAGAUGUUAGGAGCUUGUUAAGAGCUCUGCUGGAACAAACUGAAGGUCCAUUUAAUUAAGUAUUCUGCUUCCAAAAGCUAGCCAGGAAACUGCAAUGUGGGGGGCAAAUAAGUGGCACUAUGACAAGAUAAAAGUGGCAUUAACUGACUCACCCUGGUUGAAGGAGCAGCAUGGUCGUUAGUCCACAGCAGCAGUCUGAACUCUGUAGUAGUUCUACUAGAGUGCUAUCCAAUUCAGCAUAUGCGGACAUAGCAAGCUGCCAAGAAAGCCCAAGAGUUGGCAUUCUGUUUUAAGAUUUUUUUAAAAAAUGAAGGGACUAGUUAAAAGAAAGCUGGAGAGGGAUCUUUGAGGGCAUCAAACCCAAGCUUUCAGGAUAAAGGCUUAAAAACACAAUAGAAAUUUGUCUAGGAAAUUUGCACAUUAGGAAGUUGAAGGGAAUACCAGUGUGGUUAAUGACCAUAAUCAAGGAAGCAAUAAAGCCAAGAAUGCUUUCUUCUAAGAGAUAAUGAGAAGACAUUCAGUAGGUUGCUGAAACAUUAUGACUAACUGCUACCUUCUGUAAAGACAUAAUCCAAGAGACAGUAGAGAUGUUAAAUGACAACUGAAUAGAAGAUGCAUUAAUGAAGACAGGGAGAUUAGAAAGAGCUGAAUGAAGGGAGGGCAUUAAAUAUACUGCUAUUUCUGAACAGAACAUUCAGGGAAAUAUCUUGGAAAAUUAGACAAAUACUGAUGAAGUGACACUGGAAUACAUAUUAAUUUUUAAGAAAUCUCUAGAUUCAGAUGAUACCCACUCCAACAUUGAAAUUAAGGUCAUGUUUUUCAAUUAACUUUAAAGAGUUGCUUAAGAAGAAUCGGCAUGGCUUCCUUGGGAAAAGGUUUUAGCUUCCCAGCUUUUUGGAAGUUCUUGUAGCAUAGCAUGUGUGGAUGGCAUGACAGUCGAUUAUUCCACACUGUCUCUACUGAUUGCCAAAUCUCUUUUGAAACGUUCCUAAGUGUUGAUUGGCAUGUAUAAUGAAUUAGUGACUUUUCUUAACAUCAGAAAGGAGAAGCAGGUGUACACAUUUCACCACAGAGCACUGGUUCCCAAACUUGGGUAACCCAGAUGUUCU